AGGUCCUACACUUCUUCAGAAUGACCCUUUGGCUUGAAGUUCAUAUUAACUUCUGAAGGCAUGAUUGUAUCUGAGUGGCUGUCACUGCCUGUCUAGCUGACCUCAUCACCAGGUGCCCCAGAUACUAUUGCUGCCUGCAGUUUGUGUUCUACUUAGACAAAACAACAUCCGUCCACUGUGCUCAUAGUGACUUCCAUGAGCUGCUCUUCCUCCUCCCAGGUAUUGAUCCAAAGAAACGUUUUUGAAUGCACUAGGACUUCCUACCAUUGUCAACUGAUUCUUGUUGAAAACUGUUAAUUCUACUUUUUGAACACUUAUGAAUAACCACGCAUCUUCCAAACCAUCUACCAUGAAGCUAAAACAGACCAUCAACCCUAUUCUUUUAUAUUUCAUACAUUUUAUAAUAUCACUUUAUACUAUUUUAACUUGUAUUCCAUUUUAUUUUUUGUCUGAGUCAAGACGAGAGAAAUCAAACCAAAUUAAAGCAAAGCCUGUAAAUUCAAAACCUGAUUCUGCAUACAGAUCUAUUAAUAGUUUGGAUGGUUUGGCCUCGAUAUUGUACCCUGGAUGUGAUACACUCGAUAAAGUUUUUAUGUACGCAAAAAACAAAUUUAAAGACAAAAGACUCUUGGGAACACGUGAAAUUUUAAAUGAGGAAGAUGAAGUACAACCAAAUGGAAAAAUUUUUAAAAAGGUUAUUCUUGGACAGUAUAAUUGGCUCUCCUAUGAAGAUGUCUUCGUUCAGGCCUCUAAUUUUGGAAAUGGCUUACAGAUGUUGGGUCAGAAACCAAAGACCAACAUUGCCAUCUUCUGUGAGACCAGGGCCGAGUGGAUGAUUGCUGCACAGGCGUGCUUCAUAUACAACUUCCAGCUUGUUACAUUAUAUGCUACCCUAGGAGGACCAGCCAUUGUUCAUGGACUAAAUGAAACAGAGGUGACCAAUAUUAUCACCAGUAAAGAACUGUUACAAACAAAAUUGAAGGAUAUAGUUUCGUUGGUUCCACGCUUGCGACACAUCAUCACUGUGGAUGGGAAGCCACCCGCCUGGUCAGAGGUCCCCAAGGGCAUCGUAGUGCACACCAUGGCCACAGUACAGGCUCUGGGCACAAAGGUCGGCAUGGAAAACGAACCUCAUAGCAAACCGUUGCCCUCAGAUAUUGCAGUAAUCAUGUACACAAGUGGAUCCACGGGAAUUCCCAAAGGAGUCAUGAUCUCACACAGUAACAUCAUUGCUGGGAUAACUGGGAUGGCGAGAAGGAUUCCAAAAGUGGGAGAGGAAGAUGUAUACAUUGGAUAUUUGCCCCUGGCCCAUGUUCUAGAAUUAAGUGCUGAGCUUGUUUGUCUUUCUCAUGGAUGCCGCAUUGGCUUCUCUUCACCACAGACUUUAGCAGAUCAGUCUUCAAAAAUUAAAAAAGGAAGCAAAGGGGAUACAUCCAUGUUGAAACCAACACUGAUGGCAGCUGUUCCGGAAAUCAUGGAUCGGAUCUACAAAAAUGUCAUGAAUAAAGUGAAUGAAAUGAGUAGUUUUCAACGGAACUUGUUUAUACUGGCCUAUAAUUAUAAAAUGGAGCAGAUUUCAAAAGGGUAUAAUACCCCACUGUGUGACCGCUUUGUUUUCCGGAAAGUGCGAAGCCUGCUAGGGGGAAACAUUCGCCUUCUACUGUGUGGUGGCGCUCCGCUCUCUGCGACUACACAGAGGUUCAUGAACAUCUGUUUCUGCUGUCCCGUGGGUCAGGGCUAUGGACUCACAGAAUCCACGGGGGCCGGAACAAUCACGGAAGUGUGGGACUACAAUACUGGCAGAGUCGGAGCACCAUUAGUUUGCUGUGAAAUCAAAUUAAAGAACUGGGAGGAAGGUGGAUACUUUAAUACUGAUAAACCACACCCCAGAGGGGAAAUUCUUAUUGGUGGCCAAAAUGUGACAAUGGGAUACUACAAAAAUGAAGCAAAAACAAAAGCUGACUUUUUUGAAGAUGAAAAUGGGCAGAGGUGGCUCUGUACUGGGGACAUUGGAGAGUUUGACCCUGAUGGUUGUUUGAAGAUUAUUGAUCGGAAGAAGGACCUUGUAAAACUGCAGGCUGGAGAGUAUGUUUCUCUUGGGAAAGUAGAGGCAGCUCUAAAGAAUCUCCCGCUGAUAGAUAACAUUUGUGCGUACGCAAACAGUUAUCAUUCUUAUGUCAUUGGAUUUGUUGUGCCAAAUCAAAAGGAACUAACAGAACUAGCUCAAAGGAAAGGACUUAAGGGGACUUGGGAAGAGCUGUGUAACAGUAGUGAAAUGGAAAAUGAGGUCCUUAAAGUGCUUUCUGAAGCUGCUGUUUCAGCAAGCCUGGAAAAGUUUGAAAUUCCAGUAAAAAUUCGUUUGAGCCCUGAACCGUGGACCCCUGAAACUGGUCUGGUGACAGAUGCCUUCAAGUUGAAACGCAAAGAGCUUAAAACACAUUACCAGGCGGACAUUGAGCGAAUGUAUGGAAGAAAAUAAUUAUCCCUUCUGGCAUCAGUUUGCUGCAGUGAGCUCAGAUCAAAUAGGAAAAUACUUGAAAUGCAUGUCUUAAACUGUGAGGCAAACUCCGUUCUUCGUGUUAAACUUCUAAACUGUUAUUUCUCAUGACAUCACCGUUUUUAACUGACAGGCUUAGUAAAA